AUGAACUGCAUGCAUUAUUUAUUCGAUGUAGAAAUCUCAACGACUCCAAAACAAAUGAGUGGCAGCAUGUUCUUUGGAUCAGAAUUAAUGCAUCAUUCAAAGAUUUGCAAAAAAGGUAAUGAGAUCGAUAAAAUAUUUGCUACAAUAACGGCAAGGGAUAUUCAAAAAGUGUGGCAACAGUUCCUUGUUAAUAUUAAUAUUCCAGCUAUUCGUGAUGAUUCUACCAUCUCCAAUAAUUUUGAAAAAUUGCUAACUGAUGUA